AUGAACUCGCUAGCAACAGUCUUCCGAACAGCAAUGCGACCACUUGCUGGAUCGAGCCGUUUGACAUCCAUGCAGGCCAUGAGCUUUUCUACAGGAGCACGUCGUUUUGCAGAGCAACCACAAACUUCAAGACCUGAUGUGGGUGCCUCUUCUCUAUUCGACAAUAUCAAGGUGGAAGCGGAUACUGCUGAGGAAACCACCCAAAAAGCUGUGCAAAAAGAAUACAAAUGGUCAUCUGCCAAUAUGAAAACAAGCCCUCGUAAGCUCAACAUGCUUGCACGACAAAUCCGUAACAUGCCUGUGGAUGAAGCUAUCAAACAAAUGGAAUUCUCGCCCAAGCGUACUGCCAAAAAGAUUAUGCACAACUUGGCAUUUGCUCGCAAGAACGCCAAGGAUCAAUUUGGAAUGGAGAAUUUGGUUGUUGCACAAGCGUGGGUUGGCAAGGGUCGUUACAUUAAGCGUAUUCGGCCACACGGUCGUGGUCAAUUUGGUAUCAUGCAUCACCCUGAAGCACACAUCAAGUUUUUGCUCAAGGAGGCACCCAGCAAUGAUGUUGAAGACAAGGCUUCUCGAAGAAAUAUCCGUGGAUGGAAGGAAUCUCGAAAAGUGUGGACCCCCUUGAAAGAGGACAAGCCCAUUUACAACCCAAAGGCCUUUUACAAUUGGUAA